AUGAUUCCUUCGGACAACUAUGACCAACGAUCCCUUCAGGAGAGAGCAAUUGCCAAGAGUCACCUACUCGGGUGCCCAGAACCUGCCUUUUCAGCGGUACGCAACGUCCAGAGAGUUGCACCUUGGCUCUUCCGGCAAAGCAGCUCUGAUCAAGCCAGAGUUUUGGAGGGCUGCAUCAUGUUCUUAUUCCGGAAUGUAUUUGCUUUGUGCCGUCCUUCAAAGACUGGCAUGCCAACCGCGCGACAUAUCUGGAUGGUCCUGACACGUGAAGCCAGAUGCCCCAUAUGUAUGGAUGAUUUUACAGCCUGGGAAUCUGGGCAAGCCAGUGAGAUCGAUGGCUUGGGAAGCGUCAUGAAUGCCCAAGCUGUCGGUGCGACAUCACAGAUCUUGGUGAAGAACAGGCCCCAUAUGUAUGGAUGA